AUGUCGGUGACGGUGCCAUAUGGGCCGGUGCAGUACCAGUCGCACCAUCACUGUCAGUGCGACUUUUGCAACAGCCGUCGCACCGUCGAAGCAAAGAAGCGUGGUGUGGACACCGCCGUCACGCAGUUGCAUUCAUCGCAACAACAAAAAAACACCUACCCCUCCCAUGCUGCGGCGUCGGGUAAACUUGGCGCCCAAAAUGGGGUAGCGUCGUUUGAGCUUGACGACCCAGAGCAUCAUGUGAACCAAACCGAACUUAACGCCAAGAUGGGUCGUACUGGUCUUCCUGAGGGCAAUAAAUACACAAUAGCAACGGGCGGUACACGUGGAGCUCGUAGCGCUGGCGUUGUUGUGCCUGCCAAACCAAAGACAAAGGAGGAGCAGGAGGCUGAGGCAAUGGAGGACCUUGAUCGCCUUGAGCGUCUUCUCAUUCUCGAACACAAAGCUCGAGUGAAGGCGACAGCGGACGCGGAGCGUCUUGCCUUGCUUGAAUCAACCGGCAAGGGUCCUCGUCCGCAGCCGUUUGAGGCGCCUUCCCCAUCUUUGACGGAGGAGAUACAGAAGAAGGUCAGAAAGGGGGCAAGUCUGUACCAGCCAGGUACCAUCCGCGAGGCGUAUGAAAACGCGUGUCGUUGCUCUGUUACACCUCCACCGCAUUGUGAGGCAUCCCACCUGCUCCAGCACACUAUGGAUGACUUACGUGAUGUGGCAAGAGACCCUAUCAAUAAGAAGAACCCCGAAAAGUUACAGAAUAUUCUUCAAAUUCAAGGUGCUCAAGGAGCCACACCGAAAUCACUCUCUCCAGGGCAGGCAGACGCCGAUGCAAACGGCGUUGGCGAUUCAACUGCCAAAAAGUGGCGGGAUUAUUUAGCCCCACGGCCCGAGGGGGCGGGCGUGGUGUGGCGCAAGAUUAAACCAAGCAUUCCAGAGGAUACAACGACAGCGUGUGGGGGCCUUGGCAAUGUUGACAAACGCCAUUUAUGGAAGUCAACAGUAGUGAAGGGAGCAAGUGGUGCGAAACACCCCACCGCUAAUGGAACUGACGCCACGAAGGUCGUUACUGUCACCGACCCUCCACUAACAUCUCCGGGUGCUCUUGCCAGCCUUGCCAUUCAAGAACAGGAAAAGGAAUGCCAGGCGAAGCAUGCUUCGAUUUCACCUAUACCUAUGGCUCGUGGUGAAGAUGAGAGGCUGGAAUAA